AUGAGCGAUGGCAGCUUUCACCGUCCCUUGCGAGGCGGCUGCCACUGUGGGCGCAACCGUUACAUCAUCGACGUCCCGGAAGGCACCACCGAGAAAGCGCAGGUGCUCUUCUACACAGACUCAAAGCACAGAGUCCCUCUCGCAACCCCACUAGCCGCCAUGAUCCGAGUGCCACUCUCGUGCUAUCACAGCUCAACCCAUGCCCUCCACCCGGACGAGAGGCACUCCAUGAUCCGCCACGUCUACGAAUCACUCUCCCACCACCCCUCGAAACGAAACUUUUGCGGCUUCUGCGGCACCCCGCUGUCCUACUGGACCGAAAGGCCCCCAACCGAGGCGAACUUCAUCCACCUGACCCUUGCGAGCCUGCGAGACGAAGACCUACGAGAUCUGGAAGAAUGGGGGUUGAUUCCAGAGUUUGAAGAGCCGGAAGGGCAGCCCGCUUUUCCGACAACAACUACGGUAGUUGGAAGGGAAACCCGAGGCGUACCUUGGUUCGAGGGCAUGAUCGAGGGCACCCGUUUGGGCAACCUGCGUCACAGCCAGGUUGUUGAUCACGGCAAGGACGUAAAGAUUAGAGUUGAGUGGGAAAUUACGGAGUGGACCGAUGGAGACGAUGCCAGCGACGUCGCUCCAGCAGCGGAUGGCGAUGUUGACAUGACGACGAAUCAUCCCGGAAAACGCAAAAUGAACGACCGAGAAGAUGAGGAUGCGGCCGACGAGACCUUGCAGAGUGUGUCAAGCACGUCUGCUGCCAGCCGGCCUUGA